AAACUUACCAGGAGUCGAGAUACGAAGACCCUUCCCGGCCAAACGGUCCCGAUCCGGACACCGUGGAUCAAACAUGACGGUCUGGUUCCCCCUACGUAAUAAUGUAGGCCGGCAUGGGUGAAACGAGGGAGCGACCGGCUGCCGUCGUGAUCCUCGGUCGGAGACGCCCAGGCACGCAAACCUCCACCAACAAUGCGACAUUAAAUAAAUUUAGAACAGGCUUGUUUUCCUGUCCCUCCAACACAGGUACCAAAGGCAUCGAUAUCACAGAAACAUCACAGUCACAUCGAAUCAAGCCGAUAAAUCUGCAGCGGCUUGACGUUUCCGGCAUUGGUGUGGGACGUUGCAGAGUCCUGUUCUGUCUGAGCAGCGCGCCACAUCCAGUUGCGUCUGUCGUCUGUAGCUACCUGUCACAUCCAAGGCUCAGGUACACGCAGUCUAGUGCCGUCCCAGAAAGAUGGGAGCGCUUGUCGCCAGAUGCUGACCCGGCAGAAAUUAUUAGUGCCCCUUGGAGGAACUUUUACCGCCGUACCUUUUCUCCUUGGGGUAGCAUCCCAGUCAACCUGUGAUGGGAGCUAGGCCGCUCUCUACAGUGAUUGGUUGCUCGCUGAAGAGGGGGCUGCCCAGUCGUCAUGUAAAACCCGUCACAACCAGCUGGACAGCAGGCACAAGAUAUGCGUGACGAGGUGUUUAGCGGCAUCGCAGCAGCCAACGCGGAAGCCUUUAAGGGCUUGUCCCGACGCA